AUGUUACGCUUCUUUCAGCUCUUUAUCUUCGUCUCGGGCCUCAUCUCGACUGUCAAUGGAGCCGAAAAGACAAAUUAUAUGAUCAACCCUGUCUACGAAAACAACAAAAGUCCUGUUUGGACCUUGGGUGACCAGGAAGUGGUUGAAUGGAAAACCGAUCUACCGGUGUACAACGUCUCUAUAUGGCAGGAGAGUCCAACGGGGGAUGGCGCCAUCUCUGGAGGCAACGCAUUUGCUCAAACCAAUGACAAGUAUCAAGUGUCAAACUUCACCUGGACUGUCCAAAUCUACAGCUUUGAUCUGGAGUAUUCAAACAAAUUCUUCUUCUGGAUCAACCCCAAAGGACCAAGCGGGUUUCCCUCGGCCUAUUUCAAUAUAGUUAGGAAAUCAUCGACUGCAACGGCCACCGCUUCAACCUUGGCACCUUCGUCACCUCCUAGUCCUACUGCCACCCCGGACGAUCCAGAAACCGCCAACCCGACCGAUCCACAAACCGCCAACCCGACCGGUCAAUCGACAGGACUCUCGACGACAGCAAAGCUUGCACUUGGACUUGGGCUUGGCAUAGGUAUCCCUAUACUAGCCGCACUGGGCGCACUAGUUUGGUUGAAGGCUAGGCAAUUGAAAGCAACCCAGCUGGCAGCUAGCGUGGCAGCUUCUCAUGGGACGGGAAUGCCGCAACAACGAGGUCCCAACAUGAAUACAGGAGAGAUGCAUGGAACCGACUCGACUGGUUUCCGUUCGGAGUUGUCCCAGGAUGCUGGUGGAAAACCACUUCGCACUGAAUUACCGGAUCGGCGUUAUGAGUGA